CUCUUUUGCUCAUUCAUUCAGUCAUCGUCAAGUCGCCUCGGCGUGCCGAUCGCUAAAAGGCAACCUUCUUUUGUGUCUUUACUGAAUUUACUCUUCUUCUCCUCAGAUUAUUCUUUUAGCUAAAAUGAUCGUCUUUAACAACCUCAUCAUUCCCAUUGUCUCCCUAUCCCUCGGCGUCUCCGCCUUGCCGCAGGCUUUUACCGGAAGCGGCACGGAUUUUGGCACGUACUUUUGCAAGACGCGGGGUGCCAAUGGCCAGGUUGUCGCCAGCAACAACUUUUGCCAGGCUGCCGGUGGGAGUGUGCUUGUCUCGCAGGGUUUUUGCUGUAUCCGCAACAACAACAUUAAGGUCCUCCAAGCCAUGGCGAAGGGGUGCAACGAUAACCAGCUGGUUUUUAGCCAGAAUGAUGUCCCUUGCUCUCCAUAGGCGUUUCCAUAUGGAAAUGAUGACUUUGCGAUCUAAGCAGUGGAUGUCGAACCUCGGUGUUGUUGUUGUUGUUGUUGUUGUUGUUGUUGUUGUUGUUGUUGUUGUUGUUGUUGUUGUAUUAACGCCAUGGCGGCAAGGGUGGAACCCUUGUCGCAGACCUCCCGAGGGGUAUGUGGCGUGGAGAGCCGUGGACUAGGACUAUGUACUUCAUACAUCGAUCGCCCUUCCUUUCGUCCUCCAAAUCCUGCCUGAUGGCCACUAUGCUUUCUAUCUGUCCCUGGUUCCCCAGUUUCAUUGCUUCCUGUCUAUUCCCUUU